CUCAACUCGCCUCAAUUCGCUUGUCAUCAUCAUAGCUCUGCAGAAUCUAAUUUCUUCACAUCGAAAAAAUCUACUUCACUCAAAACCAACCGUGAAAGUCAACCUGGGGUCAAAGGUUCGAGAGAACACAUUUUCAAACUAAGGGUAAGCCACUUACGAGUCUAUUAGCCAAUAUGCCUGAAAUCUCCGAGGACGUCAUUGAGAAGAAUCCGGACCUCCAACUUGCACAAUGGAAAUUUCUUCUUGAACAGCCGAACCUGUCACCUGAGCACUCGAAACCGGAAAUUAUCAAAAAGUUGUUGGACGUAAUCGAACAACAACGGAUGUCACCCUUCUAUGACGAUCUUGUUCGUGACUUGGCUAAUAUUGAUACCAACGUGAAACUGCCCGAGAGUAAGAUUGCAGAUAUGCGGCUGGAAAACACCCAGAAAAUACAAGAAUAUGAUGCAUACAUUGAGGAUGCCGAAAAGAACUUGACCGAGAUGGAAGUUCGGGAAAAGAAUCUUCAAAAGGCAGAGUAUCUUUGUCGAAUUGGUGAUAAGGAGCAAGCUCUUGCUGCUUUCAGGAAAACAUACGACAAAACUGUCUCUCUUGGUCAGAGGCUGGACAUUGUGUUCCAUCAGAUUCGAAUUGGAAUCUUUUACAUGGAUCAUGACAUUAUUUCUCGGAAUAUUGAUAAAGCCAAAACAUUGAUUGAUGAAGGUGGUGAUUGGGAUCGACGAAAUCGCUUGAAGGUUUACCAGGGUACUUACGCCAUGUCUAUCCGGGAUUUCAAAACCGCAGCCAUACAAUUCUUGGACACAAUAUCUACAUUUACAUCGAACGAGCUGAUGGAUUACAUUAGUUUCGUCACAUACACUGUGAUAAUGGGUAUGAUUUCACUUCCACGUAAUGAGUUACGAGAGAAAAUUAUCAAAGGAGCCGAAAUCCAAGAAGUUUUACAUGGACAGCCCAAAAUUAAGGGUUUCUUAAUGUCUUUGUACGAAUGCAAAUAUGCUGAAUUUUUCAAGUACUUGUCGGAAAUUGAAACACAUAUGAAAGAAGACCGUCUCUUGGCCCCACAUUAUCGCCAUUAUGUCAGAGAAAUGCGUAUAAAGGCAUACACUCAACUAUUGGAGUCAUAUAGCAGUUUAACAUUGAAAUAUAUGUCAAACUCAUUUGGUGUCACUGAAGCCUUUAUUGAUAAGGAACUUCAUCGUUUCAUUGCUGCGGGAAGACUUCAUUGCAAAGUUGAUAAAGUGGCAGGAAUUGUUGAAACAACCCGUCCGGAUAAUAAAAACUGGCAAUACCAGGCCACCAUAAAGCAAGGAGAUAUUCUGCUAAAUCGGAUUCAAAAAUUGUCUCGAGUUAUUAAUAUUUAACAUUUUAAUUCAUUGCUCUCAGCUAAACUGCAUUAAUAUGUACUUUUCUACUCGUAUUGUAUAUUGCAAAAUUCGGUGUUUAACUUGAAACAAUAAUUAGCAUUUUAGCAAAUAAAAUGGGUCAGCAACAUUGA